UUGACAGUGGUCACUUGUUGAGCCGUGCGCGCACAGGAAAUCACGCAGUAGAUAAAAUGUGACUUUGCAAAGGAAGCCGCUGUCUCCCCAUAGGAUCGUCGUGUUUUCUGAGAGUUUGUAUUAGAAACAUUGGCUUUCCACAGGGUUCUGUCAUUUUCCCUUCAGUGUGUUUUUUUCCAGGAAACGCCCAAACAGGCUGAAGUAUUUUAUCUAGACUGAAACCCUAGAGAGCGCACAUCACAAGUGGUUAUCAUGUCUGGUGAAGAGGCUCCAACUCAGCACCAACAGCCCGAGCAGGAGAAGAAACCGAAUGAGCCUCCGCCAGCUGCUUCAGAUGCACCGCAGGAGUCCGAGAGCAGCCCUGCAGCCGAGGAGAAGCCCAUCUCCUGGCGCGCUCUGGUCCUCACGGGGCACGGAGGUUACGACAAAAUGAAGCUGCAGGUGAAGACGGAAAGCAAACCGCAGCUGAAGGCAGGUGAAGUCCUGCUACGCGUCAAGGCGAGCGGGCUGAACUUCGCCGAGCUGCUGGGCAGACAGGGGCUGUACGACAUGCUGCCCAACCCACCGGUCACGAUGGGAAUGGAGGGCUCCGGGGUCGUCGAGGCAGUCGGGGAGGAUGUGAAGGACAGGAAAGUGGGAGAUCGAGUCAUUGCAUUGAGCCGCAGUGGCAUGUGGCAGGAAGUGGUUGUCGUGUCUGCUGACCACACCUUCCCCAUGCCUGAGCACAUGAGCUUUGAGGAAGGUGCUGCUCUACCGAUUAACUACUUAACUGCUUACUUGAUGCUGUUUGACGUGGCUAAUGUGAGGCCAGGCAAGAGUGUUCUUAUACACAUGGCAGCAGGCGGUGUGGGUAUCGCUGCCACCCAGUUGUGCCAGACUGUGCAGGAUGUGACUGUGUUUGGCACUGCAUCAGCCUCCAAACAUGAGACCAUUGCCCAAGGCGGCGUAACUCACCCCAUCGACUACCGCACCAAAGACUACGUGCAGGAAAUCCUAAAAAUCAGCCCGACAGGCGUGGACAUCGUCCUCGACCCGCUGGGUGGCUUAGACACCCAGAAAGGUUUUAAUUUGUUGAAACCUUUGGGCAUGCUUAUAGUGUUUGGUGCGGCCAAUUGUAUGACAGGCCAAAAGAAGAACUUGUUGGCCUUGGCAAAGACCUGGUACAACCAGCUCUCUCUCAGCACCUUGAAACUGAUGCAAGCCAACAAGGGCAUCUCCGGCUUCCACCUGGGCAACUUAAUUGAUGAGCAGCUCGUCAGCAGGACGAUGUACGAGCUGCUGGAGCUGUACAAGCAGGGAAAGAUCAAGCUCCGCAUUGACUCGUGCUAUCACUUCGAGGAGAUUGUCGACGCCAUGAAGCGCAUGCACGAGCGCCAGAAUAUUGGGAAAGUCAUCCUUCUCUCUGAACCCAAGAAGGAAGAAGAGAAGCCAAAGACCAAUGCUGAGCCAGGAGAAAAUGUGGAAAAAACUGAAUCUGUCAUCACCGAGGAGGAAGAGGCUGCAGAGGAAGUUAAUGCAGAGACGGACUGAGAGAAGGGUUUCAAGCACUUCCUUGUCAAGUUGUCAACAAAGGAAAGAAAAUAGAAGAAAAUCAAGAUGCCAGGAAUUGUUUGUCUUUGUCCCUAUUUCCAAAUGUGUAUCAAGUUUUGUUGUUUGUUGUGCAAUAUGUUUAUAAUCUAAGGUUUAUGUUGGGAACACUUGUGUUUUAAAUAAAAGUUCACUGUUCUGUUGCAGUACCAAAGGAA